GAAAAGUAAAAUCCGUCGUGAUGCUGCCGUUACUUGCCCUAUUACUGGGACUCUCCGUUCUUAGUGGACUGCCGCAGGAAAUUAAAGGAAGUUGUUCGAUUUCAACCUUCAGUCCUGCGCCCUUGGUUAUAACCACUUUCGGUUCAAAAAGUUUCGUCAACGCCAAAGCCAGUGUAUACGAACGAGAAGAUGGCGAUGAUAUUGAACUGCAUUGCGGGGGCGGAUUCUCUUACUAUGACAGAUAUUAUGGCAAAACCAGAACAACUUCUAAAACAAAAGUAACUUUGCGUUGCUAUUCAAGUGAUCAUUUUUAUAAUGUUGAUGAAUCCCAGAAUCAGCAUGUACAAAAUAUCCACUGUCUGAAUAGAGUUAAUCAAAUGUUUGAGAGUCGAAUCAAGUUGCCGAAUUGCGAAAAGGAUAUGACACUUGUUUUGGGCUACGAUUUCGGUGAAAUCGGAUUCCUGAAAAACGCCGCCCUAUGCUAUGACAUCCUGGGAGCUAAGCUAAAAUAUUUUGGCUACACGACCUUCCCCUCAAAGAAUCGAAUUGUGGAGACGACCCAAGUUGGCCAGCUGAAUCAGCUGGGAUUGGACAUAAAUGUGACCUACAACAAAAAUCUUAUCAGAAGCAUCAGCCAGAGUGCGAUAGACUCCUUCAUGUCAACGGAAAAGAAAGUGGCAUCGCUGUUUGUCAGCAAUGCCUUCCAGUAUGCCAGCCUGGCCCAGGAUGACCAACAGCUGGAUGGCUACGAGGACAUGCUGGGCACCGUCUGGCUGCGAGUUUUGCGCUCCGGCAACUGGGCUCACUGGCUAUCGGCUAUGCGCGUGGCCACCGAUCUUGGCGGUCACUUCGACGUCCGAAUGGGCGUCUCCGGUACGCUGCAGUUACCAGUAGCUGCCGUGGGUCCCUGCAACGCCAGUAGCCUUAUGAUCAUUGAACUCAGUGAUGGCACCUCUCUGCCGGUGCCCGCCCACAUCUGGGCGCAUGUGCGCGCCCUGGAGUCCACAGGAGGAGCCGGAGACGAGUUUGUCCUCAUCGGCCACAAUUCACCUUUCUUCCGCAGCGACAACUCGAGUGCCCUGUGCUCCUCGAUGUGCGACCAGGUGCCCUGGCUGAAGGGCACUCUGUUCGCCAGCCUCCAUGAGUUCCCCGCCUACGGCCUGGUUCAGUGUUGCCGCGUGGAGGACGUGGCCCAGAAGCUGGACAAUUUCCCUGGUGCAUAUGUUGAUGUGGCUGCCUCGACCACAACCGUUGCACCGGUUUUUGGUUUGGGGUAUAAGCCCUCAGGAAAAUUUCCACAGGUGUUGACCGAUUCAAAUGAUGAAUUUGAAUAGGAUAAUCAUUUUAUAAGGGCAUUUUCGAAAACGUAAAACUUAAGAAUAUCGUAAAAGGCAUUAAUAUCAAUUCGGAUUUUGUAAGGUUUAUAAAUCGGCAGCGUUUUGUCUUAGUUUUUAUGGGGUUAAUAAAUCUGCAUACUCUAA